AAGUAUUCAACUAUGUUGAACUUGCUUUUGCUUUUAUAUUAACUUGUAGUAUGGACUAGGUACAAAUAGCUGAAAUUUUUAGUCAAUCCCAUGUCUCCCCUGAAAAAUAAUAAUGGAGGAAUAAAUUCCAAGACAAGGCGUGAGAUGGGAAGAAAGAUGGACCACAAGGUUACUUGAUGUUAAUAAUGUACAAUCUAGACUCAGCUGUGGACCCUUUGUGUGUAGAUUCAGCCCUAAAUCGAAGGCUUGAUUAGGACAACAAAGAUUUAUCGUCACUACUCACUGCAAUUUGCGCCAUCCCAUAAGCCGCAUGCUUAAAGGUUUUAAUCUCCCCUUCAUCAGAUACUUAGUCAUAAUUACAUGCAUAAUAUAGUCUCGAACAAAUUUAGGCUAUAGUUUUACUUUUACAUCUACGGGCGUAGCUUAAAGGUGAAUAAAGGGAAGGGAAGAACAUAAGAAAAAAAGUAAGAAACAAUAAUUUAGUAGGGAGACAAGACAGGAGGACGACAAAAUUAAGGUGUUGGGAUAAGGGCCCAUCAUGUGUUGACGUGGCUGAAUGUCUGGGGUAGGAAAAGAAACCUGACUUUGUAACUUACACUCACUCGCUCGUUUACUUCUUGUUGGAGCUUGCUUGGUAAGUUUGAGUGGUGACACAGCACUGUCAGGUUUCAAAGAAAACAAGAAGAAAAUGGAGUUUAAAUUUGAAGUUUGAGAGAAGGAAUAGGAAGAUGGAAAGAAGAGAAAAAGGGUUAAUGGUGGAAAAGUUGAAAGGGAAAAGAGGAGGCCCUUCUACUCCCCCACCAACAUGGAGACUUGAGUUUCCAUCUCAGCUGAAUGAGAAUAACAGAAAGCAGGUUCAAGAGUUUCUCAACUUUCCCACUUCAACAACACUCUCUGCCAGAAGCCUCUGUGCCAAACUCUGGCAAAUUCAACAAUUGGCUGAGCCUUCUCCUACUCACCGGCCAGCAUCUGCUACGGGCUUGAGAAGGCAUGUUCAAACAUCACUUGUUCAGCACCAUAGAUCAGUUAAAAGAAAUGGCCGCACUAAACAGCCUGUAUCCCCUCCAACGCAAGUGGCCCCGUAUAAUAAUCAUGUAAAACCUAAAAGUUCCUUAGACUUGAAGGGUUGGAUUACAGAGUCAAGUCGCAAACCUAAGACAUCCAGAGAGUUACUCAACCGUAUCUGGUGUCUGGAAGAACAGCAUGCAUCAAAUAUAUCAGAAGUGAAAGCCCUGAAAAUGGAACUAGAUCUUUCUCGGGCGCGGGUUAAAGAGUUACAACACCAAAAGCAAUUGAAUAAGCAUGAAAUGGAGAACUUAAUGAAGCAAAUAACUGAGGAGAAGCUUGUUAGGAAGAACAAAGAGCAUGACGAAAUUAAAGCUGCAAUACAAUCUGUCAUGCAAGAGAUAGAAGAUGAAAGGAGGUUGAGAAAGCAUUCAGAAAGCCAGCACCGGAGAUUGGCUAGGGAGCUUUCUGAAGUGAAGUCUUCAUUCAAUGGUUCUCUGAGAGAUCUUGAAAAAGAGAGAAAAGCGCGGAUCCUUCUAGAGAAUUUGUGUGAUGAUUUUGCCAAAGGAAUAAGAGAUUAUGAACACGAGGUACGUUCUCUUGUGCAUAAUAAUAACGCUGAGAAGGGUCAAGGUAAAGAGGAUAAUAGCCUUGAUAGGCUAAUUCUUCAUCUUUCAGAAGCUUGGCUUGAUGAGCGCAAGCAAAUGAAGUUAGUUCAAGCUGGCAAUGGUCUCCCACAGAUAGAUUCAUCAAUUGUUGACAAGUUAGGUGUUGAUAUUGAAACAUUUCUUCAUGCAAAAAGAUCUGUUAAUUUGAUAAGGUAUGGCAACACCACCACAAAGGAACCCAAGGAAAUUUACCCUUGCCUACAUUCUCCACUAAAGGAGGCCACAAGUGCACCUCCUAAUAUGGCUGUGGAAGACUCCACUGGUACCAACAUUUUUGAGCAGAGAAGGCCUUCAGACAAAUUUGGCUUCAAAGUGAACAGAAACAAUACUGCAGAGGUCCAUAAAGAGAAGAAAGGAAGGCAGAAUUCAGUGAGGAAACAAGUCGAGUCCAAGGAGGAGUGUUUUGAGUUGCAAGCAAAUAUGAUAUGUGAUGAAAAUGAGAGUUGGUUUGUUGAGAGGAAAUCAAGUGAAGUUGGAGGGGACAGUACAGUUCUAUAUAAUACCCCUGGGGCAUCAACUGUGUGUGAAGGUCCAACAGAAAGUAAUACACUAUGGACAAAGAGGAUGAAUUCAAGUCUCAACAUUGUUAGAAACAGUUCCUUGUCUUCUGAAGGAAAUGACAAGGUUUAUCCUGAGAGUAUUUUCAGGGAAGAUUCAUGUGUCCAUGCUGCAGUUACAGGUAAUGGCAGUCCAGUAAAAAAGUGGAAACCAACAUUGAUUGUCCCAGAUUUUGGCAAGUCUGACCCUUUAAAGGACAACACAUUGAUGGCCAAACUGCUUGAAGCAAGGUUGGAGAAGCACAAAUCUCGCUCCAGAGCUACCAUUAGACAAGUUUCUGAUGAGAAACAUCGGAAUGUGAGUAGAUGAAACGGUAUUACACUCUGAUCUUUGAUCAAUGAAGUCUGGAAGUAACCUAUUUUUGUAAACCACUAUCGUAUUAAUUACAUGGAUAUAGUUAGAUGGAUGAAGAUCAGAGUUGGGUACAUUACCUGCCAAGGGACAAUGGUAAUGUAUUUUAAACAAGUAACACAACCACCCCUUAAGCGGUGCUAUAGAUAGUAGAUACCUUUAAUUCCAUUACAUUCCCUCUCCAUCUGCUGAAAUCUUGACAGAUCAAAUGUUUUAAGCUGCUCACUAUUUUUUUCUCAA